AUGCCAUCAUCGGUUCGGAGUGCAAAGAGUCCCUCUCGGCCAACACCGAGAUCUUCAACAAAAUCACCCAUUCAAAAGGAUCCGAUGGAAGAGUAUUACAAGGAUCCAAAAAAGUAUCAAGAUUUUUAUAAUGAGCUGUAUGAUUCACUGCAGACGGAGAAAGCAAAUUUUGAUGAAUGCUCUUUUGUGUUCCUUAAUACCAAACGACCACUUGAACCUAUUAUUUCACUUCAAACAACCUCGGAAGAAUUAUUUUAUGGAUCAUUCGAUGGGCCAAUUCGAUGUUUCAGUACCUCUAACGGAAAGAGAACACAAACACUAAGGGGUCACGCUUCACUAGUUUCAGGUCUAGAGUUAGUGAGCAGAGAAAAAGUUGUUUCGGAAUUAGAAUUGGGUCCGGUAGAAGACUUUUCUUUGGAGAAUACAGAGGAAGGAAAAGAGGUGUUUAAAUCAAGAAAUGACUAUGUUUUAUUUAGCUCUUCACGAGAUGGAGAUGUUCGAUGUUGGGACCUCAAUCUAAGUAAGACGAUAAAACGUCUAACAACUGAAACUGCUGCACCUAUGACAUGCAUGAAGGUGUGCAGCAAAGAGGGAUGUCCAACGUUGGUAGCAACAGGAGCAUUGGACGGUAGUGUUACGAUGUGGAAUUUAGCAAAAGGGAACAUAUCAUCCGUUUAUACUGGCCACGCUUCAGCUAUUUCUUCUUUAGAAUAUAGUGACAAUAGGCUUUUUAGUGCCAGUUUAGACUCGUUUGUCAAAAUUGUAGAUAUUGAGAAAGAGGAGGUGUUUUCAAUAAUUAGGCCUAAUUCCCAUCCUGUAAGGUCAAUAUCAGUAAUUGGAAAUGACAUUUUUGUUGGAACAUCCACGGGUGUCAUACAACAAUACGAUAUUAGAACAUCCACACUUGUUGGUUGUUUUAGAGGUCACACUGACUGUGUUCUUUGCACAAAAGUGUAUGAUCCUAAUUAUUUGAUUUCAGGCUCAGAGGAUUCAUUUGUGGUGCUGUGGGACAUAAAGACGAAAGAAAUGGUUCAUGUGUACGGUGGUCACAAAGAUAGCGUAACUGCAAUUUCUAUUACUGAAAGUGACAAGAGCGUUUAUUCAGGAUCUUUGGACAAAACAAUUCGACGAUGGGCUGCUUCGAGCGCUAUUGGGCUAGUUCAAAAAGAAAGCCAGUUACUUGAGCACAAAAAGAAACUGGAAGAAUUGUUGGCUAAAGAAAAAAAGAAGCAGACCAAAUAG